GGAAGCAAAGAGAGAGGGAGGGGUGACCGUGAUCUCAGCGACGAUAAUCCCGAAAUAACAUCACCAAAAAUUGAAACAAAUUGAUAAGAAAAAAGAAAAAAAAAAACAACACACUCUGUUCUGACAAAAAAAAAACAGUGGAGCAGAGUGCAGGUGCAAAAAUGGCGAAACCUGAACCCAGCACGACCCGAAUCGUGAUGGAGCCACUGUCACAGUUCGACAUCUCCACCCACUCUCGUACCACCACCGUCCGAUCCCUCGCCAUCGCCACCCUCCCCAAUUCGCACCACCACCGUGCCGUUCUCUACGUCGGCACUCACUCCGGAACCCUCUUCUCCCUCUCCGCCGACACCACCGUCCAAAACGGGGACUCGACUUCCUUUCUCCGGAAGCUAUCGUUCCUACGAAGCGUUUCAGUGAGUGAAUCGCCUGUAGAGGCUGUUUUGGUUCUCGCGGAUUUGGGGAAAGUCUUGUUGCUCUCCGAGGGUUCUUUGUUCUUGGUGGAUUCUGAGCUUUCCAAUCGUGCGGUGAAGUUGGGGUUUUCGAAGGGGGUUGGUGUUGUGACGAGGAGGAAGUUGAGGAGUGGGGAGUGUGAGGGUGAGGGUUUGGGUUUGGGAGCUAGUAAUAGUCAACGGUUUCUGCAGAAAUUGGGAGGGUUGAGAUUGAAGGAGGGUGAAGUGUUGCAGGGGGGUGAGGGUGGUUGUGUUUUAGCUCUUGCUAUUGGGAGAAGGUUGGUCAUUGUGGAGCUUGUUUUGGGGAAUAGAGGUGGGAAGAGUGAUAAGGAUGGGAAUGGGUCUCUUGUGGUUUUGAAGGAGAUUCAGUGUGUUGAUGGGGUUGUUAGUACUAUGUUGUGGAUUGACGAUUCGAUUAUUGUUGGCACUGUGAAUGGUUAUAGCUUGAUUUCGUGUGUUAGUGGUCAGAGCAGUGUUAUAUUCUCGUUGCCGGAUGUGUCCCGGCCGCCGCGGUUGAAGUUGCUGCACAAGGAGUGGAGGGUGCUGUUGUUGGUGGACAAUGUGGGGAUUAUUGUUGAUGCACACAGGCAGCCGGUAGGGGGUAGUUUGGUGUUCCGGCACGGCUUGGAUUCCGUGGGAGAGUUGUCUUCCUAUGUGGUUAUUGUGAGUGAUGGAAAGAUUGAGUUGUAUCAUAAGAAAAAUGGGAGUUGUGUUCAGGUGUUGCCGUUUGGUGGGGAAGGGAUUGGGCCUUGUAUUGUUGCCAGUGAGGAAGGUAGGGGUGGGGAGCUUGUUGCUGUUGCAACUGCUACCAAGGUAGUGUGCUAUCAGAAAUUACCUUCUGUAGAACAAAUAAAAGAUCUUUUAAGGAAGAAGAACUAUAAGGGAGCCAUAUCCUUGGUGGAGGAGCUUGAGUCUGAAGGUGAAAUGUCAAAAGAUUUGCUCUCAUUUGUUCAUGCUCAAGUGGGGUUCCUCUUGCUUUUCGACUUGCAUUUUGAAGAAGCGGUGGACCACUUUUUGCGCUCUGAGACAAUGGAACCUUCUGAAGUAUUCCCAUUUAUUAUGCGAGAUCCGAAUCGCUGGUCCUUACUGGUUCCUAGGAAUCGGUAUUGGGGUUUGCAUCCUCCGCCAGCCCCUCUUGAAGAUGUAGUAGAUGAUGGCUUGAUGACAAUUCAAAGGGCAUCAUUCCUAAGGAAAGCAGGUGUAGAAACCAUAGUGGAUAAUGAUCUUUUUCUCAAUCCACCGAACAGAGCUGAUUUGUUGGAGUCAGCGAUCAAGAACAUUAGCAGGUAUUUGGAGGACUGUCGUGAGAAAAACCUGUCACAAUCAGUCCGCGAGGGAGUUGACACUUUAUUAAUGUAUCUCUAUAGAGCCCUAAAUAAUGUUGAGGACAUGGAGAGGCUGGCAUCUUCUACAAACUGGUGUGUUGUGGAGGAGUUGGAACACAUGUUAGAAGAGUCGGGGCACCUACGUACACUUGCCUUCCUAUACGCAAGUAAAGGGAUGAGCUCAAAAGCUGUGUCUAUUUGGCGUAUCCUUGCAAGAAAUUAUUCAUCUGGCCUCUGGAAAGGCCCUGCUUUGGAGAAUAAUAUACCGGAUAGUGGGGAGAACCUUAUUUCUGGCAAGGCAAUUGCUGCAGCUGAAGCUUCAAAGAUUCUUGAGGGGUCAUCUGACCAGGAUUUGAUUCUCCAACAUCUAGGAUGGAUUUCAGAUAUCAGCCAGGUUCUUGCAGUCGACGUUUUAACUUCAAACAAGCGAGAGAUCCAGCUUUCUCCUGAUGAAGUUGUUACAUCCAUUGAUCCGCAGAAGGUAGAAAUUUUACAGAGGUAUCUUCAAUGGCUGAUUGAAGAACAGGACUGCAUAGAUACUCAGUUUCAUACAGUGUAUGCCCUCUCACUUGCCAAAUCAGCAAUUGAAGCCUUUGAGUCUGAAAAUGUUGAUAGUGGAAAUAUAGAGACAAAACGUUUGUCUAUGUUGACGGACUCAAUAUUUCAGACUACUGUCAGGGAAAGAUUACAAAUCUUUUUACAAUCCUCAGACUUGUAUGAUCCAGAAGAAGUUCUUGACUUGAUUGAAGGAUCAGAGUUAUGGCUAGAAAAGGCUAUUCUGUAUAGAAGACUGGGGCAAGAGACACUGGUCCUCCAAAUUUUGGCUUUGAAACUGGAAGACAGCGAAGCUGCGGAACAGUAUUGUGCUGAGAUUGGCAGAGCUGAUGCUUACAUGCAAUUGCUAGAUAUGUAUUUGGAUCCACAAGAUGGUAAAGAUCCCAUGUUUACUGCUGCUGUUCGCCUUCUCCACAAUCAUGGAGAAUCAUUGGACCCAUUGCAAGUUUUAGAGAAACUUUCACCAGAUAUGCCGCUUCAACUUGCUUCUGAGACUUUACUAAGAAUGUUUAGGGCCAGAGUUCAUCAUCAUCGUCAAGGACAGAUUGUGCAUAACUUAUCUCGUGCCGUCGACAUUGAUGCAAGAUUAUCAAGACUGGAUGAAAGAUCAAGGCAUGUGCAAAUCAAUGAUGAGAGUCUCUGUGAUUCCUGUAAUGCACGCCUUGGCACAAAGCUAUUUGCAAUGUACCCUGAUGACUGUGUUGUAUGUUACAAGUGUUAUCGCCGUCAAGGUGAGUCAGUGUCUGUCUCAGGCCGCAAUUUUAAGGAAGACGUCCUAAUUAAACCGGGUUGGCUUGUGAGUCGUUGAUCUUGAAAUUAUGUUGCUAUGAGAUGUCAUUAUUGCUUGCCUGAAUCUGAGGAUUUUCCAUUCCCUAUGUCAAAUCCAAAUUUGUCACAAACAGGGAAAAGGAAAGCAUAUGAGCUCUUGGUUAUUUAGUUAAAGAUUCAUAGCUUCAGCUUUUAACCUCCAACACUAGAAGAGGGGGAGUUCAUACAUAUACUAAACUGCCACAUGAUGGUACUGUAAAUAAAUUUGUUGAGUUCUCCAUUAUAUAACCCAUACGGCCAUACCCUCUUUCAGGAAAUUACAUUGUAAAUGAUAUUGUAAAAUGUAUAUUUUUUCAUGUAUAAAUAAUCAGCUCAUUCUUGUAUCA